AUGGGAAGUGAGGGAGAGUGGCGAACAGGUUGGGGGAGGGAGUUCCAUAGUCGGGGUGCUGUUCUGGAGAAGGCUCUGUCGCCGAAGGUUUUCAGUCUGGAUGUUGGUGCAGUCAGGGUGAGAGUCAUCAACGCUCAGGCUGACACUGAGAAGGAGGAAGAGAAGAUAAUCCACCAGAAGGUAAUUAUCAACUUUGAGAUCUGCAUCAUCUCCACGAUGAAGACGCUGACUGUGUUUGCACUUCUUUGUGCUAUGAUGGCAUUGACCACAGCUGCUGCUCUGUCUGAGGUGAAGGAUGAACACGGGACAGUGGAAGUCAUUCAAGAAGGAGAGCAUCACGUCAUUGAGAGAUCAGCAUCUUGCCCCGGUGGUUGGAAUCUGAUUAAUGGCCGCUGUUUCCUCUUUGUUCCACGAACCAUGUCUUGGGCUCGAGCUGAGGGCUACUGCCAGUGCAGAGGCAUAAAAAGAGAACUGGUCAUCAUCUUCAUCCGCACAUCCUCACAGGGUCCGCUGAAGCUACAGACACUCCAAAGAGAAGAAGAGAAGAAGAGAAGAAGAGAAGAAAGUGCUGCAGCAGUCAUCGUCACCAUGAAGAUGCUGAUUGUGUCUGCACUUGUUUGUGCCAUGAUGGUUCUGACCAGAGCUGCUGCUCCUCCAGAGGAAACUCCCCAAAAUGAAACAGAGAGUCACCUGGUCAAGAGGUGGUUCCUGCUAAAACCGUGGUUCAAGCCAAAACCGUGGUGCAAGCCAAGACCGUGCUUCAAGCCAAGACCGUGCGUUAAGCCAAGACCGUGCUUCAAGCCAAGACCGUGCUUUAAACCAAAACCGUGUCCCACGCUACCAAGGUCGUCCGUGGUUUGUCCCUCGGGCUGGUCUAAGUGCAGAGGUCAUUGUUACCGCUACAUUCCAACAUGUAUGACCUGGACUAGUGCUGAGAAAAACUGUCAGUCCCUGGGUGGAAACCUUGCGUCUGUUCACAACAUCGAGGAGUAUCAGGCCAUUCAGGAUGUGAUUUUCAGAGCCACGAAUUCGAAAAAACCGACAUGGAUUGGAGGCUCUGAUGCAGUAGAGGAUGGUCAAUGGUUAUGGAGUGAUGGCACAUCUUUCAACUACCAAAACUGGUGUCAUCAAGAGCCUAAUAACUAUGGCGGCAGGCAGAGUUGUAUACAGAUGAAUUUCUCAGAUCAGAAGUGCUGGGAUGACCUCCAAUGCUCCCACAAGUUACCGUCUGUCUGUGUCAGAAACAGAAGAAUACUCCCGGUCUGACACAGAGACAUGAAGAACCCAUUAAAAGCACAAACACUUGUGUUGUGCGCAUGCUUUCAUAUACAUCUUUCUUUACACCCUCAGUCUCACAUGUGAGCUGAGUUUGUCUUUGCUAUCGCUGUAACGCUACUGAAGGAAUGAAGCGACAAGUGACAUAAACAGGAGCUGGACUGUCUCUGAGGCCUUGUGCCUUUAAUGACAGCAGACUGAAUGUGUUAUGAAAAGAAUGCUUUUAGCACAAAUCUACAUAUAUUCUGCAAAGUAAACUCUUCUUUCUUGUCUUAUGCAAAAUUAAAGGCUCAAGCAUCCAAACAAA